UUUCUCGUAUCCUGUGGCUUCAUCUGUAUUUUGCGUUCAAUUACAUUUUUCCUCGGACUGGGACGCUAUCAGAGCCUGGCUGCAGGGUUGCUGUCGCUGUUUCGAAACGAGCUUGGUGGCCGGCGGUCGGUGCGGCCACCCGGAGCUGCAGCGCGAGCGAACCCCUUCAUGCUACGUGUCCAGCCUGCUAGCAGCUAACGCGGCUAACAGCGGCUCACACGCCGCACACAAGCCUACAUGGAGACGCAGCGGACCGCGCACACACAUGGAGUUUGACCGAAGCCGUGACAGUCAGCAGCCGGACGCUUGUAGCCGGGGCAAACUGAGCGGGGAGCCGACAUGGAGGACAGUUUGGUGUCGGUCAGCAGCUCCGCAUGAGACGAGAGCAAGGAAAAGCGAAAGCCGGCGGAUUUGAGCAGAUUUCUCCGCAGUUUAAAGAGUUUUGCUGUGACUGAACUGAAGUCAGGCCGCUGUGAAUGAAUAAAAAAUGAUGUAUUCAUCGAGAAGAAAGCCUGUGCUGUACUUCAAGGAGGAGAGGAGGUUCCUGUCGGGUCGAUGCACCGUCUACAAGCUCUUCGGCCUCUGCAUGGUGCUGGUGCUCGCCUCCCUGCUGUGGAUGCAGCUCAGCUGUUCGGGCGACAUGUCCUCGGCCUCGCUGGAAGUCCGCCACGUCGCCCAGCAGCAGCAGCAGCCGCCACCGCCUCCUCCGCCAUGCCCCGCCCACGAUCAGGCAGCCACGUCAGACGACCCCACCUGGGGUCCUCACAAGCUGGCCCUGAUCGUCCCCUUCAGGGAGCGCUUCGAGGAGCUGCUAGUGUUUGUGCCCUACAUGCACGCCUUCCUCAACAAGAAGAAGAUCCGGCACCGAAUCUUCAUCAUCAACCAGCUGGAUCACUACAGGUUCAACCGGGCGUCCCUGAUCAACGUGGGCUUCCUGGAGAGUGGGAACGACACCGACUACCUGGCCAUGCACGACGUGGACCUGCUGCCGCAGAACGACGCCCUGGACUACGGCUUCCCCGCAGACGGGCCCUUCCACGUGGCAUCGCCCGAGCUGCACCCGCUCUACCACUACAAGACGUACGUGGGCGGGAUCCUGCUGCUCACCAAGGCGCACUACCACAUGUGUAACGGCAUGUCCAACAGGUUCUGGGGCUGGGGCCGAGAGGACGACGAGUUCUACAGACGCUUGAGGAAGGCUGAGUUACAGCUGUUCAGACCGAGCGGCAUCACGACGGGAUAUAAAACCUUCUUGCACAUCCACGACCCGGCCUGGAGGAAGAGGGACCAGAAGAGGGUGGCCUCUCAGAAACAGGAGCAGUUUAAGGUGGACCCUGAGGGGGGGCUGUCCAACCUGCGCUACCAGGUGGAGUCGCGGCAGGAGCUGACCAUCAGCGGCGCUCCCUGCACCGUCAUCAACACCAAGCUGGAGUGCGACCAGAGCCAGACGCCCUGGUGCAUCUUGGGAUAGAUGGACAACGGGCUUCUUUUUUUUUUUUUUUUUUUUUUUUUUGAAUGAAAUAAAGGAAAAGUGAUCGGUCUGGUUCAGCUGGAGUGACAAACCGAAGGAGCCUGAGGCAGAGCCACUGGUACAUGUCAACAAUACAAAAAAGAUUUGAACGAACGGCAGACUGUCCUCCGCAGCUCAGACUCGUUUCCUCGCCGUCUCUGUUCCUCUGAUGCCUGCUGACAUGUGAAGUGGAGACGACGGGAGUCCAGCUUUUUAGCUUUUUGACCUCUAUGGAGGUGUAACGGAUCUGAAAAUAUUCUUGAAAUCUAAAAAGUCGAGAUGAAUUUCAAUGCUGGUGUCUGAACUUUCAGUGUUGGAGUUGAAUUUUCUUUUUUUUUUUUUUUCCUAAUGGGCCAUUAAAUGAAAACAAUACAGUCACCAAAGUGAAGAUAAUAACUCCAGUUUCUCACCAUCACCAAGAAUAUUUAUGACAAGACCAGAAAACUGCGAGUUGGGGCUCUUUUCCCAAACCAUCUGCCGUAUACACUUGUUGGACUUAAUAUUCAAUGAUUGUCCUCCACACUGGAUUUCUGUCUUUUUCCAGAAAAUGUUUGUGGUUCUGAUGUUGGCGCCAACUAGCAGACUUACUUUAUAAUGUAUGUGUAUUUAAUGAGCUGCAGUGUAGGGAGGAGUUGAGGAUCAGUGCAGACUAAAAGAUGUAGAGUCUUAUUUGAACGGUUUGGUACUGUUGGCUUUAGCAAAGCUCCACUUUCUCCUCCUUGUAUCUCUUGAAAAGCUGCAAACACCUGAAUCUAUUUAUUUAAAACCUGUCAAACAAAAGAGCGGCUCUUCACUGAAGUUGGAGCAGCAGUUCGUUCAGCUGAAGGUACAUUACUGUGUGCUGCUGCUGCUGCCGUUCGCUUGCUCUCGUGCACGUGGAAAAGCAAACAAAUGUGAAGAAAGGAGCAAAAUGACUGCAGUAGCCCCAUUUAUUCUGUCCACAGUAUCUCUAAAUCAGCUGAGAACACUGGGAGCUCCACUUCUUUGCCUUCUGUUUAUCAAGUGCAGCCAAAAACCUUCAGAAAUUCACACAGCAUGAAAGCAAAGUUCUUAAAAACCGUUUCUGGUGUGAACAGAGUGUAUUACCGUCAGAUCCUGACAUUUUCUCCACUGUUGAAUUAAAAAAAGUUAUUUCAGUUCAGUGGGGAGAAAAAAAAUCCCAAAACAUGCAUGUUCAUUUUUAAAUUUCAAUUUGUUUCGUUAUAUUUUAAUACCAGAGGACAGUUAUUGCAUAUUAAAAGCCAACAAGUAGUUUUUCAGGUCAAGUGAGUGGAAUUUAUUGGUAAACUGUAAUUUCCUGGGUUAAUUUCUGUUCUUCCUCCUUCAGAUUGAAUUAUUUUCUGCUGUAUCCUGGGUUGUCACUUCAUUCCUGCUUGCUUUAAAUCCUUUUUGUUUUUCUUUGAUAGUUGUAUCAAGCAUAGAAAAAAGAGCGGAUGGAUGGUUGCAUGUUCCAGUUAAAUGGAAAGGUUUUGAGAGAUUCGAGACCAAAAGGAGAAAAAUGUUACCGGCCGUCGUUUGACGGAGUCGAACUUUAUUCCGGAUGAUUACUUGCUGUUACAGUGGUGGAGGUGGAGGGGACGGCUUGUGAAUGGCCCUAUUUAUUUUUGGUAAGAUGUCUUUAAUGUGUUUCCAAUCCAGCUGUCUUUUUUCAAAUCAUUUGUCAAUUUCUGAAUCAUCUGCUGUCCUGGAGCUCCGGUGAAACACACCCGAAACUUCACAGAUUGAAAGUCUUUGCACCAAACUGUGCAAACUCUUAAAUAAUGGUAGUUUUAGAGGCACAGUCUGAAGUUUUAAAGUGUUUCUGUCCGUGAAGCAGAGAAGAGCAGAUUUCUAUUCAUAAACUGAAUGAUGUCCCAAAAAAAAAAAAACCAUCAACACAACUCAUGUCUACUGUACUUAGGUUUAAA